AUAAAUAGUUAAACCUGAAAUCUUCAAAGAUAAAUUGUACGGAGUAGUAAGAUGGGAAAAAAGAACCCAAUACUAAAUUUGUGGGCUUCACCAGUGAGCGCCCGUAGCUUCAAUUCCAUUUCUGCUACUGGGCUAGCCCAUCUCCACCACACUGACUCCGGUCACACACUCCUCCGGACUCCGUCGCCCUUCCCUUCCGCGGCCGGCGGAUGGCCGCCUCCCGCCACCUUGCGCGGAAGCUCCCGUCCAUCAUCUCCAGGCACCAGCGCCUCAUCUCGCCGGAGAUCGAAACCCUGGACACCCUUGAAGAUUCCACCUCACCCGCCUCCAUCCCCCUCGACCCGACCCUGCCGCUCCUCCCGCUCGCCGUCUCCCACCUCUCGCCGCCGAGCCCCCUCCCGGCGCUCCCCUCCGCACACGCCUCCUCCCCGGCAUCGCUCCUCCGCCUCCUCCACCGCGCGCGGCACCAUCCGCGCCUGGCCGCGCUCGACCUCCACCUCCUCCUCGCGGCCGCCUCCGCGUCGUCAGCCUUCCGCCCCGACCACCGUCUGACGAGCCUCCUUGCCGCGCGCCUCGCGGCCUCCCGCCGCCUCCCCUCGCUGCAACGCCUCCUGCAGCUCGUCCUCUCUCGCCCCUGCCCCUGCGCCGACGACUCCAUCUUCGCCUGCCCCGAGCUCCUCCCCACCUUCCGCAAGGCCAUCCUCGCCUUCGCCACCUCCGGCGAUAUCCCUUUGGCGUCCGACGCCCUCGCGUCCCUCCGGCGCGCCGCGGACUCGCCCCUCCCAGCCGAGUUCUACAACAUCCUCCUCCAAGCCCUCGCCCGUCUCCACCGCCACGACGACGCCAUCCGCUUCUACGGCGAGAUGACCAACACCCACCGCGUCGCGCCGGAUGCCUACACCUUCAACAUACUCAUCAACACCUCGUGCCGUGUGGAAGGCGUUGAUGCUGCCAUGAGGUGGUUUGAGGAGAUGCGGCGCCGGAGCUGUGCACCCAAUGGUGUGAGCUUUAAUACUCUUAUGCGCGGGUUCUUCAGAGAAGUAAGGUACAGGGAGGGUAUCAAGGUUGCUCACGAGAUGCUGCAACUCGGGGUCGGCCUGUCGGUUGCUUCUAUGGAGAUUUUAAUCGGUGGGUUGUGCCGUGGUGGUGAGGCUUUGAAGGCUGCAGAGGUGUUUGCCGAGUUUCUAGUGGAUGUGGUGGUACCCGAAGGGUUUGAUUGCUUAGGUCUGGUUGAGUCUCUGUGCCAUGUUGGAAGGGUGGACAAAGCAGGGGAAGUGGUGGAGCUGGUAUUGGAGAGGAACAUGGCAUAUUGCUUAAGUGUACCUGCUGGCGUAACGGUUUUGGACUGCUUGCUGAAGGCAGGGAAACUGGAUGAGGUAUGUCGAUUGAUGGACAGGAUGGUCGGGCAGGGGAUUGUCCCGGAUACCAUUUCUUGUAACUGUAUCUUUGAGGCACUUUGUGAAGAUGGAAGGUCUUCUGAUGCAAACAGGCUAAGGAUGCUUGCUAAGGAGAAGGGUUUUCAGGCUGACAGUGUGACAUAUAGCAUGCUGGUGCAGGGGCUCGGUAGGCAGGGGAGGAUGAAUGAAGGCAAGGCUGUUUUGGAUGAAAUGCUCGAUUUAGGGUUUAUACCAAACAUAAUGUCUUACAAUAGGCUUCUUGAUAGAGUUCAUACCCGGAGAUCUUUGCGAUGACAAGCAAACUUUUCAAGGUACCUGUGUGCUCCAAGCUUUUCUGAGCCAUGUGGAAGCAUGUCACAGGGUUGGUGCUUAGAAUUCAUGUCUACUGAUUUUGGAGAAACAUACAACAAAACAUGGCAGAUGAGACCAGCGGUGUUCAUAAUUGCACUGACAGAAGUUGCAUGGUCCCAAGGUGUCAAAUGAGGUUUGAAGGCCUUGCUGUUUGAACGAAAGUUUUUACAACACUCAAAAUCAUAUUGUUGUUACUAAGGUUUGUUGGAUUGAGAAUGCCUCAUCCCAUCUGGUGAUUUAACAUGCACAUUUCGUGAUCAUAAUUUCUGUAUUAGUAUUUCCAACAUUCUAGACAAGGCAUCUUGACAUCUUUUCAUAAUUCCACUGGACUGAUGAAAAAUUGCAAAUCUUUGAUAAAAAAAUUAACUAUAUGAAAAUGCAUGAAUCGUUCAAUUAAGCAAUUGGUCAGCGACAAUCCAGAGAAAACGAUCGAUCAGCAGUUCAGCAGUGCACCCGGAGCAACCUGUGGCCAGUUUGUGCACGAGUAGACCCAGUAUCUGAAUGGAAGCUGCCGUCCGAAGUUAAGCUGCGUGAUGAACCGCCCAGCAAGCUGCAGCGUCAUGGGGCCUCAUUUCUUCAUCGUGUUCCGCCACAUCGCAGCAUUCUCCUGCAACAACCUCGCCUCACUGACCCAAUGAGCAUGCUUCGAAGUACGUAACCUCCAGGACCCUGGCACGUCAGGGCUGGCCACACCGCCUGCGUCCCUAUUGUUGCCCUCGAAGUAGAGGUCCAGCGACACCGAAGUUGCAAGGUUCCAAGGUGUCAAAUGAGGUGCAGUGAUCGAUGCCCUUUAAUUCCAACAUUAGCUUUAAUUAUGUUGUCUUUACCGUGAUAUGUUCAUCCUCGUAGAGGGAUAUACAUCUGCAUUGGUUAUGACUUAUUACUUUGGACUCCUAGUAAGCAAGAUACAAUAAGGUUAGGGCCUUCAAGGGUGUUUCUCCUAUCUUAAUCCUUGUAAACUAGGAAUUGAUGCCCUAUUGGAGGAAUGAUAUUACCAUUUUAGUAACA